AAUGAGAAUAGUAAGUAACGUUAUCUACGUCGUAUAAAAAAGAAAGCUGAUCUAACAAUAAAAACUUGUAGAAACAAAUACAAUGUAAACGUGUAUGAUAUUGAUAGACCAUACGUCAUAAUCUUAAAUUUGCAAACAGAUAAAAAUCUAUUAAAUUGUUUUGUUGAUAAAAAUAAUAUUGUUGCAUAUUAUCAGAGUAUGUUUUGAUCCAGAACGACAUUACGAAGUAAUAAAAUACCGAGAUAACAAAUCAGACAAACAAAUAAUUUUUGCUACUAAAUAUAUCAAAAUGGAAACAACGGAAAUAGAGCCAUUUUUAAAAACUGAUAGAAACAAAGUAAGAAAAUAUUGGAAUAAAACAGAAUCUGAAGUAUUAGAAAUUUUGGAAGAACUCAAACAAUGGAUUAAAACACAAGAUUUACCCGAGAUGCCAACCGAUAGUAUGUUGGAAUUUUUUUUAACAAAUUGCAAAUAUGAUGUAGAAAAAACUAGAACAAAUAUAAUCACAUAUUAUAAGAUAAGAAAGUUAGUUCCGGAUUUUUAUAAAAAUUGUAACCCGAAUCGAGCUGAAAUGCAAGAAACUUGGAACAUGGGGGUUUAUUGCCCCUUACCGAAUUUAAACGAUGAUUUGUGCAGGAUUUCAAUCAAUAAAUUAUUUCCCUAUAAUUCAAAUUUUGAUGUUCGAAAAUAUCUUGCAAAUUUUCUGAAUGUGUACGAAGUACGAAUAUGCGAAGAUUUAUGUGUUAGUGAGAUUGUAAUAAUCGAUUAUGAGGAGCUUACUUGGAGUCAUAUUUUCAAGUUUUCACCGUUUGUGAUCAGUAAAGCGGUCACUAUAAUGGACAAAGUUGCCAAAAAUAGAAUAAAGAAUAUCCAUAUAGUUAAUGCUCCUUCCUAUGUAAAUAUAUUAUUAAAUAUAGGCAAGAAAUUUAUGAAGAAAAAAAUAUCGGAUCGGAUUCAAGUCCAUGGUAGUUUUGAAAGUUUAUUUGAUUAUGUUCCACAGGAAUUGUUACCCAGUGAUUAUGGUGGUAAAGAAAAAUCAAUGGCUGAAUUAAUUGAAUUGUGGAAGAAACAAGUGAACAAAUACCAAAAGAGGUUUGAUAUGUUGGAAAGAUUCGUUGAAGAUAAUUAGAAAGUUAAAUACAUAUAAUGUGAUACAUAUAUGGAUUAUUGUAUUUGAUAAUUAUUAAAAUUUUUAUUCAAACCAAGUUUUUGUUAUUUUG